GGAGAGGACUAACUUACUGCAUUAGGCAAAUGUGACUGUGACAUCACAAGAGAGUAAUAAAAGCCCAUUUGCCAGCAGAACUCAGCCAGAACAUCCAUCCAUCCAACAAAGAGUGGUCUUGUCCUGGAAUUACGGUGCAGUCACAGGAGUAUCGAAUGGGACAAAACCAGGGCAAGGAGGGGGAGCUAGGGCAGGACAACAGCUCUGCAGGACCAGAGGAAAAGGGACCAAACCCAGACCCUGGGGGGGCCAAAGAGGAAGGAAAUCUAACCAUUGAAACUCAUGGUGUCGGGACAGAUGAGGAGAACACAGCCGGUGGAAGGUUGGAUGGAGGCCCAGGCAGGGAGUCACCAUCACCUACACCAGUGCACGGUUUGGAUUCUCAUGAUAAGGUGUGCGCUCCCACGGAUGGGGGGGUUGUGCAGGGAGGGGAUGGCGGGAAAGAGGGAGGAAGAAAGAGUAGCGAGGAGGGCAGGGCUGAACCGCUGGCUCCACAGCAGUUGAAUGGAAUCGCACAGUCUGACAGCUGCACGAAAGGCACAUGGGAGGCUGGUGAACCAGACCACGAGAGAAAAGAUUCAAAGAGUACGCUAGAAGACUGUCAGGACAAACUUAGGUGUAACCUUCCUGGUAAAGACGAAGUUGAAAGCGGACGCACAGGAGAAAACAGGAGUAAGAAGUGUGCGAAAAUGGAAUCUGUCUGUGGAGAUGACGAUAAGCGAAAGAGCCAGGAAGAGGACAGAAAACUAGAUUUUGAAGCUGCCUAUGAUAUUAGCCAAAAAAAUACAGGGCCUACCUUGGAGAUUCGUGAAAGGAAAGGGAAUGCCAACACCAACGUUCACUUCAUGGUUCAAGACCAAGCUUUAGUCAUUACUGAAAAGACUGAAUCGCAAAACAAGAGGCCGAUUAACAAGCCCACAACAUCAAACCUCGUGAUGAACUCACAAGUGGAAACAUCAAAGGACAGUACUGAGGCAAUUCAGCACAGGAAUGAAAAAAUACAGAAUAACAUGCCAGAGAAUGCAGAUAAGGUUGUAACAGAAACCCCAAACGCUGAACUUUCCUCUCCGAAGAACAUCGAAAUCCAAGGGUGGUCAAUGAAGGACGUCUACAGAGCCAGAGAACCAAAAACCCCAAACGCUGAACGUUCCUCCCCGAAGAAGGUCGAAACCCAAGGGUGGUCAGUGAACGAUAUCUGCAAAGCCAGAGAACCAGAAACCCUAAACGCUGAAUGUUCCUCCUUGAUGAAUGUUCAAACCCAGGGGCGGUCAAUGAAGGAUGUCUGCAGAGCCAGAGAAAACAUUACGGGGUGUCAGCCAACAGAUGAUGUCAUAAAGACCAGCUUUACUAGUUCAUCUCUGGCAGGUGCGGAUUUACAACGCAAAGCUGUGAGUCUGGUAAGAGCGCAGAGCCCGGAGGACCUCGGCGCCUUAGAAGUGGCAUCCAAGUCGCCUUGGGGUCACUCUGAGAGCCAUCGACAAAUAUCUGCAGGCGAAUUCACACAGGACGAGCUUCAGAAGGAAAGGCAAUUUAAUGUGUCAGACUUGGAGAGCCCUUGGACAAAGGAAACUUCACUUGGGAGAUCACCCGCUGGAGGUCAUAAAAAUAAAGAUGGCAUAAGAGAGACCGGAGAAAGAGAAAAUCUGGAAUCUGCUUCAAAGGGUCCGCAUCAUUCCCAUGCAAAGAAAACUGAGAUAAAAGAUCUUUCCCUGCGUGGAACAGAAACGGAAGAGGGUUGUUUUGUGACAUCUAAUAUUGCCAGUAUAGGUAUGCUGGGUGAAAACAAACCCUGGCUACAAAGCUAUGAAGAUGAGAAAUGUAUUACAUUCUCUGAAGACAUUACAGAUUCGAACCCCCCUUGUAAAUCUGAUGUUCAAGAGGAUUCCCUUCUUUCAGCAAAGGCCAAAGUACACACAGAGACAAGUCUGGAAUGGUUUCUGGCUGAAAUGAGUCCACAAGCAGUGAUUGUGAAGGAUACUACACAUGAGAUGGAUCCAGAAGGUUCUUCUAUAAGUGCAGUGAUUGAUGUAGAAGAUGCUACAAAACAACAGAGGUUUGAGGGAAACGCUAACGCUAAUGCUAACUCGGGCUACAUGACGUCAUCAGAGAGAGACAAGGUCAGCAAGUCUAAUCAGAAUACCAUCAGCUUGUGUAAGGAAACAUCUGCAACUGGUUCCAUCUCUGAGCUCAUUGCUGGUCCUGAGACAGCUUCGGGUCGCACAGAUGAUAGGCCAAGUGUGGACAAGAAAACAGAAGUUACUCAGUCUGGUUCUUCUCAACUUCAAGGAAAAAGUUUUUUGAAGAUUUUACCAAAUGCAUCAACCCAUUCCACUGUAACCCCGACAGAUGCAUCCGAUCAGUGCAUCCAAUCAGAUGGUUGUGCUGCAUUAGUAGACAAUGCAGCAAACACAUCUGCUGCACAAGAUGUGCAGCAUUCCUCCUCCGUGUGCAACCUUAUAAGUAUGCAAGCUAAUGAGAAACAAGAUGAAGAGCAGAACAAGCUGUCGACACAAGCAAAUUGUCACGCUUUAGAGAAGAAACAUUUAAGCCAGCUUGACCAAAAGCAUGCAAUAGAAAGCAACCCGACCACCAUCGCGGAAACACCACAGGGUGCACAGAAAAGACAUGUUUCUGAUAUGAUAAAGGAAACGAUUGAGUUGCAGAAGAAGAUGAAGGAGUGGACCAAGCCUGCUGAGGCCAGGGUUGAUCUGACCUUAGAUCCAACACAGUCUGUAAAAGUGUCACAGAUGAAAGCAGCAUUUGAUACCCCUAAGAAAUCACCUGACAAAGCACUUGAGAGAAAACCUUCAGUAAGAAAAGAUAUGUUCAAACGGGUUGUACGACAGAGUAAAUUCCGGCAUGUGUUCGGCCAGGCGGUGAAGAAUGACCAGUGCUACGAUGACAUCAGGGUGUCCCGGGUCACGUGGGAUAGCGCAUUCUGCGCGGUCAACCCCAAAUUUGUUGCCAUUAUUGUGGAAGCCAGCGGAGGAGGAGCGUUCAUGGUUUUGCCUCUUCAUAAGUCGGGCCGUAUAGAUAAGGCCUACCCUACAGUAUGUGGCCACACUGGCCCCGUUCUGGACAUCGACUGGUGCCCUCACAAUGACCAGGUCAUCGCCAGUGGAUCUGAAGAUUGCACCGUGAUGGUGUGGCAGAUCCCAGAGAAUGGUUUGGUGACCUCUAUGUCAGAGCCAGUGGUGGUUCUGGAGGGUCAUUCUAAGAGAGUGGGAAUCAUUACCUGGCAUCCCACCGCCCGCAACGUCCUGCUCAGCGCAGGCUGUGAUAAUGUGAUUAUCAUCUGGAAUGUGGGGACGGGAGAGGCCAUGAUCACCCUGGAGGAUAUGCACCCUGACAUCAUCUUCAGCGUCUGCUGGAACCGCAACGGCAGUCUCAUCUGCACCGCCUGCAAGGACAAGAAAAUCCGAAUCAUCGAUCCACGCAAGGAGGAGAUCAUUGCGGAGAAGGAAAAGGCCCAUGAGGGUGCCAGGCCCAUGAGAGCUAUUUUCCUGUCUGACGGCAAAGUGUUCACCACUGGUUUUAGCCGCAUGAGCGAGAGACAGCUGGCUCUCUGGGAUCCGAACAAUAUUGAGGAGCCCAUUUCUGUCCAUGAGAUGGACACCAGUAACGGAGUCCUCCUGCCCUUCUAUGAUCCCGAUACUAACGUGGUCUACCUGUGUGGAAAGGGUGACAGCAGCAUCCGUUACUUUGAGAUCACGGAUGAAGCUCCUUUUGUCCAUUACCUCAAUACCUUUACCACUAAGGAGCCUCAGAGGGGCAUGGGAUACAUGCCUAAGAGAGGACUGGACGUCAACAAGUGUGAGAUUUCAAGGUUUUACAAACUGCAUGAGAGAAAGUGUGAACCUAUCAUCAUGACCGUGCCAAGAAAAUCGGACUUGUUCCAGGAUGACCUUUACCCUGACACGGCGGGUCCGGAGGCCCCCCUGGAGGCCGAGGAAUGGUUUGAAGGGAAGAAUGGAGAACCUGUCCUGAUAUCCCUGAAACAUGGAUACAUCCCAGGCAAGAAUCGUGAUCUCAAAGUGGUCAAGAAGAACAUCCUAGACAACAAGAUGACCAAGAAUACAGAGAACACCACCCCUGCCAACAAGACUGCCACCACCACACCAUCUAUCAAAAGUGAAGCUAAGCUGGAAGAGGUUUUGAAAGAAUUGAAAUCUCUCAGAGAGCUGGUCAGCAGUCAGGAAAAAAGAAUUGCCAAACUUGAGGAGCAGUUGUCUAAAGUGGACAUCUAAAAGGACCCUGAAAUUCCUUCCCCUUCUUCUAUUCAGGAUAUCCCAUUGGCCAGGUGGGCGGGACCCGUCACUGCCAAUCACCAUGACAGCGUUCCGUCUGAAGCCUGCCUUGAAAAGACUCCAACCAACAUUCCAAGAUGAUGAUCUUUUUUUUCCUUUUUUUUUUUUUUUUUUUUUUUUUUUUUUGCAAUCCCCAAAACCUGUUUAUACCUCAUAGCCAUUUGGAAAACUAGAAACGCCUUCAGUUUCUCUCCAAAUUUGACCUGUUUAGCUUUUUACUCAGUCUCACUCCAAAUCUUUCUGCAACGGCUGUGUUUUAUCUGAUGUUCUUGAAAGGUCUUAAGUUUUUUUGUUUUGUUUUUCUUACUAAAAUUGUGACAAAGAAGCAGUUACAUGAACUUGAUGAGCUCAAAGUUUUUGAAGUAGCCAUCAGUGUUGCAGUUCCCCUCUUGCCCUUUUGAGUUGCCAAAUUUCUAGAGGAGUUAUGCACCUCCCUGACAGUAUUUGACUAGAUUUUCAUUUUGUACUUAAAGGGACAAAGCAAUGCGGUAGUAAUGCAAGGAAGGGAAAUCAUUGGAAUCAUUUGUCAAAGUUAUAGCUGUCUUUUAAUCAACCUGGCAAGUUUACAAAGUACUGGAAAACAAUACAGGUGCAGUAAAAUAUUCCACUAAAUGACUUCUUUUGUUAAUCAGGUACCAAUGUAAAAGUAUUAAGAUAAUAGCAAUUAAUUAGCAAAAUAUCUGUGGUUGCCAUGAACACAGCCAAAGUGUAGUCUUCUCACAACUCACAACUCCACUUUCUCAGUGGCGAAAGUUCCUCAUCAUACUGGUAGCAUAGUCAAACCGAGUCAGUUUUUCCCCUUUCUAGUUUUCACGUCUAAACUUCUUCUCUUCAGUUUUGCUCUGAGAACCUGCGUGGGUCUCACUUUGUAAACUCUAGAAGUUCUCAGCUUUUAGUUUCACAUCCCAAAACGUGAAGAUACAAGCUCCGAACAGGCUAACGCCUGUAGAUGUUCAUUAGCUUUAGCAGCAAAACUUGUUCAUUGCUUUACCGACUUGAUAGCUUUUACUCUGACUUUGUUCUAGUCAGACACCGUUCAGGUCUAAGGAACACCAUUAGCUUUGCUUUCUCAUUAACUCCUACGAAUCUCAUCUUGAGUUGUGCCGUCCACACCGCCUCACCGCAACAACUUUGUCUGUACAUAUUUUUGUUGUGCAUUGUAGACCGUGACUACCAGCAAAAUAGUGAGUCAUGUUUGACUUCCUUUUUCUAUUAAGUCAUUUUGCGAUGCACUGUCUACCUUGCUCUCCUAACCAAGCAGAACCAAUUCUCUCAAGGGGCGGCUCACGUCUAGAUUGACGAUUUCAUGAACGUGUUUUGUGUGCCACGAGUUUGAGGUGAUGCUAUUUUUUUUAGUUUGGUCAUGCAUUGGUCAUGCCAGGAAGAGAGGAAAACUGUGAUUCUGCUGUUCAGAUUGCUUUGGCUACAUUCUUCUCUUGUGGUUUUCAUUUUGACGCUUCUUCAUAUCUCAUUUCUGUUUGCAUCACUGUCUAGUGCCUCUUUCGUAGUUUCUAAAAAGCACCCUCCCUCCUCCGCAAUGCUUUUUUUGGCAAGAAUAGCCACCGUCUUCUCACCUCAGAACCAUCAGCUGACCUACAAGAACUUCAGAUCUGUCUACAUCGACAGCAACAACUCAAUACCUCUGAUGUCAUUCUCUCGCUUCGCUCUGUCUUUUUUUUUU